AUGCGACGUCUGAAAGAAAAACCUCAAGUGGAUAGCUCCAUCCAUUUCAUACAAGAGCACCACUUCAAAGAUACCCUUGCGCUACUGAUAGUGUUUUUAAGCUUCAAUCACUUUGUCUCCUUAUGCUUACUCUCAUUAUUCAUUGUUACCACCAAAUCGCGAAAUUUCUUGGCAACAUGUUUCAUCAGGUUAUUUCUGUCGAAGCACCAAAGCGAGAAGUCGAAUUCUGAAACACCUACGUCUCGCAUCAGGUAUAAGGGCCUGAACUCGGAAAUUGCAAAUAAUGGAGACCACAAUCAGAAUGUCGGUAAUGAAGCUCAGUUGCAUACGGAGGACGCGAACUCGAUGUUCCACAGGCACAAAACGUUACUUUCAAGAGUCUCACCCCUUUUUGCAGUGGAAUUGGCUAUAGCGGCUGCUCUUAAGACUUGUGCAAGCCAUUAUUUCACCAGGCCCAUAGAAAACUUAGCAAUGUCCAUCAUCGCAUCUUCGCUCAUCAAUGACCCUAGGGAUUGCCUGAGCUAUGCAACUUCGUGCUCUAUUUUGUAUGGUUUAGUAAUGAACCUAUGCCAUCGCCUUGCAUCUUUUUUAAGUCCUCGCAUCUCAACUUAUUUCGUCACUCCAACCUGGGUACCUUACCAAUGGCAGACAGCAGAAUCCAGCCAUCCCAUUAUCCGGCUAGCCCUGCUGAAUCUAUUGAAAUCAGCAAGCUGGUCGGGGAAAUAUGUACGCUUAUGCCGCUACCUUGCAUCUUUCCACAUCGUUUUGUCUCAAUUUUAUCAAAACAUGGUUGAUCCAUACUACUCUCGAGCCAACAACGCCAAACGGUCAACCACUGCUGGUCCUCCGGCCUCUGUGUCCAUGAGCCCUCAUAGUUCCCAAAAUACAGCCUCUCAUGUGGGCAUGUCAUUGUCUAACGGGUCUGGUGCAAGUUCUGGCCCGUCUAACGGACCCCCACUAUUAUCAGUCCCCAAUAUCGCAGGCCAGAAAGCCAAAUUUGGCAACGCAGUAACUGAUUUUCAUGUCUCUGAGCUUUCGAUGAACUCCCCGUCGGAGAGCAACCAGCAGACGAUCACAACAAAUGUCACGUCUCAGGCUAGCUCCUUCCCUAAAGAAAACUCCUACACAAAUCAAUUUUUCGAAGUUGACCUGGCGUUGGAUUCCAAUAAUACCAAAGAGAAAAGCUCAGAUGCAUACUUUAUUACCACCUCCAACCUUGAGACUUUCAUUCAGCAACUGUUCAAAUGGAAAAAUCAUCAUUUGAUCCCUCCACUUUGGUCAAUCUUCACCACUAUCAAAACAAUGUCAUUAGAGAAAAGGAAAGUCAGAAAUUUUGAUUCUUCGCCAGCCAAUACAGCUGCGUCGAAUGGUUCGCAAACAAUAUCCCCAACCUCGUCGAAUGCCCUUCUAAAUGGAAGUGUAUUCACUGGGCCAGAUUCUAGUGAUUGUAUGACAUUGAUUGCACCUGCCGCUGAUGAUUAUAAUCAGCUACACCUCAUGCCCUACAAGCAAUCUACUGAUUACAUGGUUUGCAUCAGUAAUACCGGGCCCACCCAAAUUACUUUUCGCAUUACAAAUUUGUUUGAAGGCGAGCUUAUCGUCUUAGUUAAUGGGGUAAUAUGGUCGCAAGUUCUGUCAGCAAUAACAUCUGAAAAAAUGGGCGAGGAGUAUACUGUCGUAAGUGGACUUGUGCCAUCAUGCUCCUAUGAUAUCCAAUUUGUCAAUCGUAUCAAUGAGAAGGAAGACUACCUGAUUGCUGACUUAAUGGUCAGAACUCGUGCAAAACCUGGUGAAAGCAAGGAGCUCCUGGACUUCAGCUUUCCUUCUUAUUACCACCGCAAAUUUCUGUCACCGUUACUGACAUUGAAGCAUUCUGUCUUGACCACAAAUACUAACCUCGCUGAGGAAAGGGCAAAAGUGAAGAAAACCAAGAAAGAAAUUUCGAAGAAAUUAAACGCUUUUCGUCAAGAAAGUGAUCAUUUGAAGGCUAAGAUAUCUCAAAAUGCUAGCCAGGAUGGCAAGAGCACGUUCAAGAUGGAUAAUUUGAAAACGUUGUUGCAACAAAGUGAGUCUCAACUAAAUGCCUUGGAAGAUGAACUUAAGCGGCUUUUGGAACGUGAAGUUCACAUCGAACAGAAGCAUUUUCAGCAAAAGGACAAACACCUUCAAGAUCAAUUGGAAUACGGCAAAUUGAAGUCGAAGCUUGAGAAAGAAGUAGAGGGCCUGUCCACAAAGCUGAUGAAAUUGGAACAAGAACUGUCUCAACUCACAACGAAGCGAGACAAGAUGAAUGUCAAGCGGGAGAAAUUGAAGAAAGAGGUUAUCCAGUAUACUGAAGAUUUGGAAAAUUUCAAAGUCCAGUUUUUGAACAUGAAACAAAUUGAACGUCAACAGCGCGAAGAAUUGCGCAAUAUGGAGGCCAACGACUUUGAGCUCAAAAUUAAGGGCCUGGAACAAGAUAUCAGCAGGCUGGAGGGAGAAAAUGAGGCCAUGAGUAACAUUCUUCGUACUUACUAA